ACCUAUCACAUACGUCGAAGCCGCCUCUGACACACACCCUUCUACCCUCUGCGCCUGUCCAUCCAACACCCUAAUCGCACGUCACAGGCGUUCCUUUGAUCCCUACAUCACUUCCCUAAGAUUAUCCCGAGUGCGGCGAGAGCGUCGCUCGGGCUUAUCGGACGUGGAGCUUGAUUGCCACUGCAUCCGAACAGAGGGAAACUCAAGGCGCAGCUGAGGUUCGCCCCGGCAGACGGUCAGCGCUGGCAAGAUGUUGAAGAUAUGGAGCAUGAAGCAGGAGCAGCAGAAGAGUGAGGCGGCGGCGGGGCAGACGAAGAAGAAGAAGGUCACGGCGGCUCAGCUGAGAGUGCAGAAAGACCUCGGCGAGCUGGCGCUCGGCAGCACGAUGAAAACGCACUUCCCCAACGCCGACGACAUCCUCAACUUCACCCUCACCCUCACGCCCGACGAGGGCCUCUACAAAGGCGGCGUCUUCAACUUCACCUUCGCCAUCCCCUCCACCUUCCCCCACGAGCCGCCGAAAGUCAAGUGCAAAGAGAAAAUCUACCACCCCAACAUCGACCUCGAGGGCAACGUGUGCCUCAACAUCCUGCGCGAGGACUGGAAGCCGGUGCUCAAUUUGAAUGCCGUGAUCGUCGGCUUGCAGUUCUUGUUCCUCGAGCCGAAUGCGAGUGAUCCGUUGAAUAAGGAGGCUGCGGCGGAUUUGCAGACGGAUCGCGAUCGCUUCAAGAGGAAUGUGAGGAGUUCGAUGAGUGGUGGGUCCGUGAAGGGCGAGACUUUUGACCGGGUGAUGAAGUAGAGGAGGCGGCGGAAGGGCGCGGAUAUACCAUUGAUUUUAGCUGGUUUGCUGCGGGAGCAUGCGCUUCGCGGGGCCUCUCACCGAGGAUUACGUUUUGCGGCAUGCCGAGGAUGAGGUGGGUAGCGGGAUUACACACACAUUUAUAUCCAUGAGAGUGCAAUGUAUACACUAGACG